AUGGAGUUCUACCCUCAAGAUGGCGCCGACGCCGCUGACGCUGCCGCUUGUGCUGCGCUGUUCGCAGACCAUACGGUGCUUUUGCCGGCAGUGUCCAAUGCCAAUCUGGGCCAAUUGACGCUCGAUCUGCUGAUCAACACGCUGCUAUCGAAUGGGAAGGAGUUUGACGUGGAGCUUACAUGUGCCGGUCACUUGCUUAGCAAUGCGACUCCUCCAAUUGCUGGUGGUGCUGCUUUUGCUACACAGCAGCCGCAGGCUCUGUGUCUCAAUCUUGCGGUGUAUCGGAGCAAAGAGAAGAAACUGACAGUGAUUCAGCAGCGAGCUCCUGUUCUGCCGGGACGGGUACACGCGUUCGUCCGAGAGCUGGUCGAGUGGGCCAUCUCGAGCAAAGUGGCGACGCUUGGUGUUGUCGCUGGAUGCGAUGAUAUGCUUCGUCAUGACAUCAAUAUGAUGAGCCGUCCGAUCCGUACCAUCUACUCUGCAAAUGCUGCUCAGCUCGACGGAUCUUUCUUGACUCGUUUUGAGGGACUCACUACAGCGACCACAAGCGUCCAUGAAGCAGCCCAGGCGCCUUCGUUACCUGCCGAGCAAUGGGAGCAGAUCCGCGGCGCCGGCCUUGCUCCAAUCUUGCAUGGACAGUGCGAAGAGCGGAAAUUGCCGUUUGUUGCGUGGGUGAUGGCGUGUGCUGAAGGAGACAACGUCUUGGACGCUGUUGCCAUGGCUACACAGCUCUUUCGCUCCCUGCGAAUCGAACAGAAGGAUUCGACGACUGAACCGAGCGCGGUGUCGAGAUCGAUACCACGAGCGCUUCCGUUUGCGUUCCCACCCUCAUGGAACCAGCUUUUCGGACGAGGGCCUGAUGUAUCGCUGUACCUCUGA